AUGCAGUUCACUCUCUCCGCCGUUGUCCUCGCCUUCGCCGGCCUCGCCGCUGCCAUGCCCGCCGAGAACGUGGGCAAUGGUCUCCAGCACAAGAACGGUGAUGCUCCUCGCUUCCCCGUUCCCGACAGCCUGACUGUCAAGCAGGCCCAGGCCAAGUGUGGUGACCAAGCUCAGCUCUCUUGCUGCAACAAGGCCACCUACGCCGGUGACACCACUGACAUCAACUCUGGCAUGCUGGGUGGCACCCUGUCCAACCUCAUCGGUGCUGGCUCUGGUGCCUCCGGUCUCGGUAUCUUUGACCAGUGCUCCAAGCUCGACGCCCAGAUCCCCAUUUUCGCUAUCGCUGUCCAGGAUAUUCUCAACCAGAAGUGCAAGCAGAACAUCGCCUGCUGCGCCAACUCCCCCUCCACCGCCAGCGAAGACCUCGUCGGCGCCGGUCUUCCUUGCGUUGCCCUUGGCUCCAUCCUCUAA